UCAUGUUUCUUCUCUUUAUCUUUUCGGUCCCUCCUCUCCUCACCUCUCCUAUCUCUCUAGUAUUCCUCUCUUGAGCGAAUUCGCUUUCGCAUCCUUCGUCUUUCGCUGCGGGUUUCUACCCCCUCGUUUCUCUUUUUCGUAUCGAAGACGAGGUAACAAGAACAAGCUUUUUCGUCUUCCGAUGAGAUCGCCGUGAAUCGAUAACCGCGUUUUCUUUCUUUUUGGAUCUUGUUAUCAUGUGGACCUGGAUGUCGUGUGGAACGAGUCAUAUUUUGGGUAGUUGUUUUCACUUGCAUUUUUGGGUAGCUAGGUUUGGACGACCUCUGCAGUUCUUUUGCCAACCCGACUCCUCGACCACUAAUGCUUCUUGGUUUCUCAUGUGGAUUUCGUACGAGCCGUACCACUACGGAACAAUGACGGGGGAUCAAAUGAUGGAUUGUUCGUCUUAUAAUUUAUCGGGAAAAAGAAAUUCCUUUUUGAUUUUUUUUGGGAUUUCUCUUUUUUCGGAUUUGAUCGAAUCCAAAUUUGGUAAAAGAAGCAUUUUUUUCUUUUCAGAUUCUUUGGCUUCAAAGAUUCUUCUCGCAUGACACACUAACUGGUUGUACUGUUAAAAGGUACCUAAUAUUCUUUAAUUUAUCGGGCGUGAGAUUUCUGUUGGUUUGCUGUUGUAGUUGAAUUGCUCCUCAACGUUUAGCGUGGCUUGUUUUUAGCUUUUGCCCUUUUCGCUAUUGGUUUCAGAUAUCAGCUUGGAGAGUUUUAUGUUACUAGCGGUCUCCAAGAUCAUAAGAAGUUCUAUUUAUAACUACCCUUCUGUAGAUUAUGAAACUGGGAUUAGUGAACUGAAAGAAUUUGAAUAUUUGGGUGAUUAUUAAGUGGGCAAUUUUAUUGAAAUAAGAUCAACAAUGUUGAUUAAUAUUUACAUAUAAGCAAUUUGAGUUUUAGAGCUUAGCUUUAACCAUAUCUGUCUGUUUUUGUUAUGAAAUCUGCUUUACAAAUGCACUAUAUAGGACACAUUAUUGAUUCACAAAUGUACAACUUGAGUUCUUUUUUGUUUAAUGCACUUUAAACCUAACCAGUUUUAACCAUCCAAGUAGUUAAAAUUUUAGUGUGUUUUAUUUGGAAAAUGCUGUUAUUGGUCAAAACUUUCAAGAGUAUGCUGACAACACCAACAUGAUGAAAAUUUUCGUUAAAGAAUAAUAUCAGUUUUCUCAAAUCAGCAUUUGAUUUGACUGGUUGGCAGCUGAAAGUGAGGAAGCAUGAAUCAUCUCUGUGAUUUUUGUGGGGAACAAAGAUCUAUCAUCUACUGCAGAUCUGAUGCUGCUUCUUUGUGCUUGUCAUGCGACCGCAAUGUCCACUCUGCAAAUGCACUUUCUCGGCGCCACUUGCGCACUCUUUUGUGUGACAGAUGCAGUGCACAACCAGCUGUUAUUAGGUGCAUUGAAGAAAGUGUUUCACUUUGUAAAAAUUGUGAUUGGAAUAGUCAUGAUGGAUCAGGCGUCGCUUCAGGGCACAAAAGGCAGACAAUAAACUGCUAUUCAGGCUGCCCAUCAGCAGCAGAGCUUUCAAGAAUUUGGCCCUUUUUUCAGGAGUUCCCUCCUGUAGCUGAGCCUGACUGUGAAAAGGGUUUAGGCUUGAUGACCAUCAGUGAGAACAACAUUAGUAACUGCUGGGGACGUCCAGAAAGCAACAGUACCUUGGGUAUUUCCAGUGUAGGCAAGAUGAAAGAUCCAAUAGUUGUAGAUAAGCUCAAUCCCCUGACUGGAUCUUCACGGCCUGCAAUAUGUCCUUUGCCCUCUACUGCUGAUCAGACAGCUGGUUCAGUGGAUUCAACUAUACCUAAGGCAUCAUCUGCUGGGCAGCCUAAUCCUAUGCUGGCAACACGUAGUAAUGCAGUUUCUGCUGAUUCGGUGAUGUCAAAUCGAGGAAAAAAUGCAGAUUCGAGACUGUUUAUUUCUGCAAGCCAUGCUCACUUCAGUCUAUCCCUUUCAUUUUCUGGUUUGACUGGUGAAAGCGGUGCCGGAGACUAUCAAGAUUGUGGGGGGUCAUCAGUGCCUUUUAGGGGUGAACCUCCAUGGUUCCCAGCGGAUCCUGAGAAUUCCCAAUUGCCUACAGCUAGCAGGGAUAGUGCUGUGAUGCGUUACAAGGAAAAAAAGAAAGCACGCAAGUUUGAGAAAAAAAUUAGGUACGCUUCUCGCAAGGCUAUGGCAGAUGUGAGGAGGCGUGUAAAGGGGAGGUUUGUCAAAGCUGGUGAAGCGUAUGAUUAUGAUCCACUUGCACAGACAAGAAGCUUUUAAGAGCAUGGUCAAUGAUAAAUAAUUUGGGAAAAUGAAAACUGACAUAUAUCACGCUUCCCUUGCAAGUAAUGUGCUUCCUUUGGGAAAACAAAAGCCAUCAGGGCAUGUUCUUGAAGUAUGAGUUCUCCAUCACCAUCUUGCCCAGCAAUAUGAUCUGGUAAAAACUGGUCUUCAUAUUCAUUCUGAUAGGCAAUGGUGUGUACAUAUUCUACAAUUUGGGUAAAGCCAGUGCAUAAUUUUCUAUUCCGCCUCAAACUAACCGAACAGUAUUUUCCUUGAACCUCAACCCCCUUACUUUGGGUUCCUUCCUUCCCAUCUUCUUCCUCACUUAUUGUUUCAGUAUAUUCUUCUGAUUCUCCUCAGGACCGGUAGCCAUGCUAUGCAUGACCUGCUGCAGCAUUCUGCUCCCAGUUUAGGUUUCCAAUUCAGAUCUUUGGAUAUCUCUCUAACUUUUUUCAUGUUGAAUUUGUGGAGCAUACUCUUGUAACUGACAGACAGUUCUUUGUAUCAGUUCACAUGUAAAAGAGGAUCAUUUAUGUAAUAAGAUUCUUGGAGAGUCUGUAAAAUUGGUUUGUGUGCCAGUGACUGUAGAAACAUAAUAUAAUUGUCACACUAUUCAUAUCUGUUUAAAACUUUGAAGCCCUAUAACUUGGGUUGUACA